UCUCCCCGCCCCCUCUCUCUCUCCCCGGGCAGCGCGCGCUUAUCCAGCAGCAGCCGUUACCUGGUUACCGGUGGCCGGUGUCGCGCGCAGCAGUGCAGUGCGGCGGUGAGGGACUCAGCUUUCAGAGCGUAGUCACAACGGAGAGUUUCAAAGACACGCACGAGCCAAGCCCGCCGUUUCCAGGCGCCUUCAUUUCUGUUAUCUCCCACUCCAUCUUCCCCCUGAUCAUCACUCGGGUUCUGCGGUUCUGCAUGAAUCCUGAGCUCCAGACUCCCGCUGCUGAUCAGAGGAGACUCAGAGCGAGCGCUCUCUCCCUCUCUCCAUCAUGGACUCAGGUGUGAAUGUUCCACAGGGAUGUGAGAAGGACAAUGGCCCCAAGCUGAACAGCGUGUGAGAGAGAGCAGAGAUCAGAGCUGUGAUGGACGUCUCGUCAGUGGACCCUUCUGCUGUAGCAGAGCUCUGGAACAACAUUUCCCUCUCAGGAUACUUCUUCAAUGAGACUUUUCUCAACGAGACUUUUUUCAAAGAGACUUUUCUCAAGGAGACUUUUUCCAAUGACUUGUGCCUCACACGCCUCAACAUAUCCAACAGCACCAAUGGAACCUGCGCUGGAAGCCAGUCAGGCAUCAGCAUAGCCGGUGUCCUUAUCCCGCUCAUAUACAUCAUCGUGUGCAUCAUCGGCCUUGGUGGGAACACUCUGGUGAUCCACAUUGUCCUGCACUACUCCAAGACAGAAUCUGUUACCAACAUCUACAUCCUUAAUCUGGCCAUCGCUGAUGAGCUGUUUAUGCUCAGCCUUCCCUUCCUGGCUGUCCAGAAUGCCAUGACAUCCUGGCCCUUCGGAUCCUUCAUGUGCCGUCUGGUGAUGACCGUUGAUGGGAUCAACCAGUUCACCAGCAUUUUCUGCCUGACGGUGAUGAGUAUCGACCGCUACCUGGCUGUGGUGCACCCCAUCCGCUCAUCAAGGUGGAGGAGACCGCAGGUAGCCAAGGCUGUGAAUGGUUCCGUGUGGGCGAUGUCCUUUAUAGUGGUUCUGCCGAUGGUGGUCUUCGCUGGUGUGUUUGAGAAUGGAGGGACUUGCAACAUCAACUGGCCAGAGACGUGUAGCAUCUGCCGUGCUGCGUUUAUCAUCUACACCUCCACUGUAGGGUUCUUCUUCCCCCUGCUGGUUAUCUGCAUGUGCUACCUGCUCAUCGUCUUCAAGAUCCGCAGCUCGAGCAAAAAGGUCCACGCUACAUCGAACAAACGGCGCAAGUCUGAGCGCAAAGUAACACGCAUGGUGGUGAUCGUGGUGGCUGUGUUCGUCUUCUGCUGGCUGCCAUUCUACGCCCUGAACAUCAUAAACCUGAUUGUGUUUCCACCACCCAGUGAGCUGCAGGGAUUCUACUACUUUGUGGUGGUGCUGUCCUACGCCAACAGCUGUGCCAACCCCAUCGUCUACAGCUUCCUCUCUGACAACUUCAAACGAGGCUUUCGGAAGGCUCUGUGCCGCUCGUCGAGAAAGGUUGAGAGCCACGAACCAGCAGAACGUCAGGAACAGGAGGAGCGCAGGCAGAUACUGAUGCCCCGUGAGAGUUUGCGCAGAGCCGUAAGAGAAGAUGAAGAUGAGGAUGAAGAAGAGGACAGGGAGGAAGUUACAGAGAUGACCGAGAUCUGCAAGAUCACUCAGAACGGGAACGGCAGCGCACAGUGCACUCGUGCUUUGCUGUCCGAGAGGCCGUUAGCUCCAGGGCUUUCAGAGCCGAGCUCUCCACGAGGAGAUGGGAUUGGGAAAGGACCUGGAUUUGGGACGAACACAGCAUUGCUGAAUGGUGUGAAAAAUGGAAAUGUGAAGCCGCUGCCAGAGGAACCUGUAGAAAAGAACACGUCAUUGGAGAUCAGCUACUUGUAAAACCUGUAAAAAAAAAAAAAAAUUGUUUUCUUUCUUAUUAUGUGACAGAGCCCCAGUAUUUCUAUACUUUUAUCUUAUAUGAUUCUGUCACAACUGGAGCUUUGCUGAAAUUUUAGUUCAAACCUGUGUGUAUCUGACAAAGUCCGGUGUAAAUUGUGUAAAUGAUAUAAUAUUCCUUAGUGACUUGUUGUUGUACACCAGAAAGUUUUUAAGCCAAGCUCAUGACUGUUCUUUCAGAUUCCCUAGAUGGCUUUUAGAGGGUUUUUCAUUCAGCCUGACUGAUACCUGAACAGACACAAAUCUGAUUUCCACAUAUACUCAAGUGUAAUUAAAUCAGAAAUAAUUUAUUACAAACAGAGCUGCAUGACUUCAUGCUGCAAGUCAAGACAUUACACCUCCAUUAAACCUUGUACAAGAUGAUGAAGAAAGAAAUCUGUCUGGUUGUUUGCCAUGCUUCUCGAGCCGUGGUCAUCUGCAUACGUUAUGGAUCAGUUCAUGGUGGAUAUUUUUAUUCCAGUGUUUAUUCCAACAUUUUAAUACUCCAAGCAGAAAAUUUACAAGCAAAAAGAAAAUGUAAAACAUUUAUCCUUUACAAAAGAAAUCAAAUUGUGUUUUUAAGAUGGUGCUUAUGGAAAUGUUGAUUAAUUUUCUAUAACAGCAGCUCUGACAGAAGUGCAGCUGCAGAUCACAGGUUUAUAUUAAUACGUUAAUAGUUAUAUCUAAUACGUUAUGGUUUCUAGAGUAACAGCUCAUUCACAGGGACGUGUACAGUGGACGCUCCAUGUAAACGGUAAUGUGAAGUUUUCUGUAAAUUAAACAUUUAUGGAAGGAGUCUCCAGUGCCAGCACUUUGUAACAGUCAGAGGUAAAGCUGUAAGUUUAAGUUUUUCAACAUCUUUUUGAGAGAAUAAAGAGAUGCUGCUGAGGGAACGACUGUUUAUAGCUGCUAUAACGUAAUCAACAACAGGAACUAACUUGUUUCACUGACGUUGCAGAACAUUAAAUGUAACUAUAAAUGGAUAAAAAAACUAUGGGCAUGUUGUAUUGUUGGUAAAUUGCUGUGGUAGAAGAGGAAUAAAACACUUCCUCUAGUCUCUUUUAGAUCAUCUAAACAGGUUUGGAUUUUUUUUUCCAGUUUGGGAUUGUUAUCUUGUAGUAGGAUACACUCACGUUUUAUUCUUUGUUCAUUCUGGGUUUUUUUUUAAUUCUUUGUAGAUAAGUUGUACGAGAGGUUUGUUAUUUUCUUAUUCAGACACACUGAGUGGGCUGUGUACACUUUUGCACUCAUCCAUAUAUUCACUUACAACUAUGUGCAAAUUUGAUGUCUUUGACAAAAGAUCUUUAAGAGCACCAGCAACGUCAUGUUCAAGUGCCUCCUAUUGCAAACAUACUGUUUACUCAUACUCCACCCACGCAACAACACACACACACACACACACACACACAGAGGGACGUUUGCGUCCAGCCUCGUAAGUCCACACACUUAACAUUCAGAGAUGUUUUGUGAAAGAGCUGUAAAUAAGACUUCUCUCUCUGAACAUUUACACAGAUUAUAAAGGGUCCACCUCUGCUUUCACACACAACGCAAUUCACACCAAGCUUAAAGUUAUUACAGGUUAUGUUAGAGACAGCGCAGUGCCAUUGAUGCCUUCCUCAAGCCUGAGGGGGAAAAAAUCAUUCCCUCUUAUAUAUCUUCUUUCUUAAAAUCUUCAUGUACUUAACUGUUUUGAGUCUGCUGGUCAGAAGGUGUUGAAUUUUCUAUAACAGCAGCUCUGGCAGUAGUGCAGCUGCAAAUUAUGGGUUUAUAUUAAUGCGCUCAUUCAAAUACGUUAUUGUUUCUAUAGUAACAGCUAUUAAUAAACAGAUUAUUAUUAUUAUUAUUAAUAAUAAUAAUAAUAAUAAUAAUAAUAAACAGAUCUAAACAAAAAACAUUGCUCUGUAAGGGGAUGUUUAUAGAAAAUUUAUGGAAGGAGUCUCCAGUGUCAGCGCUUUUUAACAGUCAGAGAUAAAGCUGUAACUUUAAUAUUUCCGACAUUUUCAGGACCAAUGAGUUAAAGCUACUUCGCGGUUUCUUGGUAACAUGACAGGCUGCUUUUUUUUAAAAUUUAUCUUAUUAAUUUGAAGAGAGAGAAUAAAGAGAGUCUGGUGAGUGAAAGACUUGUUUGUAGCUGCUAUAAUGUAAGUGACAACAGGACCUAACUUGUUUUGUUGAUGUUGCACAACAUUAAAUGUCGAUCUUUAAUCAAUAUUGCUGUGAUAUAAGAGGAAAGAAACACUUGGAGAUGUGCUUUUACAGGAAAAGAAUCAAGUGCAGAUAUAGCGAUGCUGCAGUGCUGGUGUGUGUACAGUAUUUCACAACACUUUCUGUGGGCAGCGCCGCAUUAAUGAAGCGACCCACCCUCUGAUUGUAAUACAUCUCUGUGAUUCAUUGGAUGUUUGCGACCCACUGAGACCCACCCACCAGCGCAUUACUCACCUCUUGGCUCAGAUUUAAUUCAGGCCUGAACGCAAACAAAGCCAUUAGCUCACAUGAGUGAGAAUGCAAAGCUAGCCCACGGCUCCUUCAGCCCUGCUUUCACUUCUCUCUCUCUCUCUCUCUCUCUCUCUCUCUCUCUCUCUCUCUCUCUCUCUCUCUUUCUCUCUCUGUCUCUCUCUCUCUCCUCUCUCUUUCUCUCUCUCUGUCAGUGUUUAUUUCACAACCGCUUGGGGAGAAUAUGUUUAGGAAAUGUAUUUAUUUAUAAAAAAAAAAUAAAAAAAAAAUGUCUGAAUACAGUGCCCUGUUUGUGCUCUUAGUGUCCGUGAGCCAUGUGCUGUUCUUUUCAUCGUUUUUUCGUUUGUUUGUUUUUCAGCAUGAUCAUGUGGGCUUUUCUCUUUUCUCUCUUUUGUCUUUGGAGAAGAUGAAGAUGGAGGCUCGAGGUCAGAAACAGUGGACAUUUUUAUUCAGCUGAGUGGUGAAUCUGUAUUACAUAUCUUUUUUUAUUAUUAUUUCUUUAAAUCUGUGUAGUAGGUGAAGUUCAGCCCAAAUCCUAGAUUUCUAUAUUUCAUUAAAAAAAAUCUGUGAAAUAAAUAUUUUAUCAAUGUUUACUGUCAUUGUGCGUCUUUCCUUUCCAACUAAUACAAGUUCAAUUCAU